UCCGCCCGGAAGUGCUCGCUUUCCCGAACUGCAGGCGGCUCAGGCUUCGCGACCCGACAUGACAUGGAGCGUCCUCGCAGUUCCCGCUGCUCGGCCCCGGCCCCGGUCCCGGCUUCGGUUACCCUGGCGCAGCUCCUGCAGCUGGUCCAGCAGGGCCGGGAGCUCCCGGGUCUGGAGAGACGCCACAUCGCGGCGAUACACGGCGAACCCACAGCGUCCCGGCUCCCGCGGAGGCCCAAGCCCUGGGAGGCCGCGGCACUGGCUGAGUCCCUUCCUCCUCUGCCCUCACUCAGGAUAGGAACGGCCCCGGCGGAGCCUGGCUUGGCUGAGGCAGCGACUGCACCUUCUUCAUGACAUACAGCUGGCUCCUGA